AGCCCUGAACGGAAACCAAAGCGCCGGUGUGAACGGAGCCUUAGCAGACCCCCCAGGAGAAGACCUCAGCUGUGCUGCUUGCAGACUGGCCCCGCCCACUCGAGUCUGGUCACAUGGGCGUGACAUCAUCGCUGGCUAGGAAGCAGCAUCUUCCAGGACGUCUCUUGUGUUCUCUUUGUUAUUGGCCUUUGGCAGAGAAGUGUUCACUGGAGACAGAAGCAGGAGCCCCCGGUGUCUGCCGCCAGGCUACAUUCCUAGGAGGACUUCUGGUACGAGGCUCCUGCAGCACUAGGAACCUCCACUUCAUCCCGUUUUCUCAUCUUCUCCUGAAUGACCUACCAACGAUGGACAAGGACAGGAAGGAGAUUACCAGAAGAAUAUUAGACUUCACCUUGGAGAUCAUCUCCCUAUUGAGAGGAGAGGAUUACAUAAUACUGAAGAUGACAUCCGAAGACUGUUUCACUCCCAUCAUCCAUGACUCAGAAGGGUGGAUCCAGGGCCCCAUCUCGGAGCCUCACCCCCUGAUACAGGAGCAGAAGAUUCUAGAAUUUACCCACAAGAUGAUUGAGCUGCUGACUGGAGAGGUUCCUAUAAGGUGUCAGGAUGUCGCUGUCUAUUUCUCCAUGGAGGAGUGGCAGUAUUUAGAAGGACACAAGAAUCAGUACAUGGAUGUCAUGAUGGAGGACCACCGGCCUCUCCCAUCACCAGCCAGAUCCAGAACGGGAAGAACCGGAGAAGAGAGUCCCAAUCCUCCUCUGCAGGAUCAUCAGGGUCAAGAUCUCAGCACUAUUAAUUGUACGGUAAAAGAAGAGUCCUAUGUGCUGCAUGAUGAGCGACAGGAGGACGUUCCUGCAGAGAUGUAUGUGUGGGGUGAGGAAGAGUGGAAGGAGGACAUUCCUGCAGAUAGCCUCCCAGAGUCACAGCAGCAGCAGCAGGCAGUGGCACAGACUGGAGUGGCACAGACUGGAGUGGCACAGACUGGAGUGGCACAGACUGGAGUGGCACAGACUGGAGACCAGGUGGCGUAUUUUUUAAACCAGUAUGAGGAGGUAGAGAAGGAAUUAAAACGACUUAAAUUAGAGCAUAAGAAAGUUCAGGACAUGUUACCAAGAAGUAAAAGAGCGGUCCUCUCCUCCAGGCUGGAGAAGCUGGAGGAGGAGAUUGCGACUUUGGAGGAAAAGAGGCCUCUAUAG